GUGAUUUCAUUCCAUCUGUAAACAAUCUCACGUGGCCCUAUUCGAAUUUUGGAGCAGGGCCAACAAUGCUUGACAUCACGAAAACAAUAAACGAUAUUCUCCACGAAAUAACAGGAAACAUCGAUAAUAAAGCAAAAAUAAUCCGAAUAAAUAAUGAAGAUACAUCGCUUAACGGUGAUUUGUGGUUUCCCUCUAACCUACUGGCCUGGAGGGGUCUGAUAACACCUGAUAACGAUGAAAAACCUCCCAAAGACAUUUUGGAGCAUUACUCAAAACGAAAAGAAAUUGAUAUCUCUGGAUUAUCCAACGAGAGCAUCACACAGAAGGCAAUUGGUGCAUUGAUAACAGCGAGUAAAGACUGGGAAUUUAGAUUAGAGAGAGGAUGUCUCCAACGAGAACGAGUCUGUCUCUUCCUGAAUCGUCCUCUGGCCAUCGCAAAAAUCAUCAAAAAAACAAUAAAGCAUAGAAUUCGAUUACUCCAGGAGAAUAAAACGAUUUUCUUCAGAAUAAAUGAUGAUCCGGAGUCGAGUCUCACGACUUUUCGACUCCAAAAAUUGAAAAACGUGACUGAAAACAUUUUUAAACUCCAGGGAUACGAAAUAAAAGAAACUUCUGCAGAGAAAUAUCUGCUGACGACGAAAUCCCAGGGUGUGAUAGAGGAUGGCUACAGGAAAUACGUCUGUGGGGUUGUGAGAAACCCAGAAUCGAAUGUCAAGGAGACCUCAGAGACGAAAGACUCGUAUCUGCAGAGGAAAAUUAAAUUUCUCGAGGAGUUGAAUGAGGGGAGGGACUCAGGGGUAAAUGACCACGAGGUGAGGCUCAAGAGGGUUGCAGAGGCUGUCCUAACAUUCGAGAUACUGGGGGUCAGGCCCAGUCGUCCCAGCUUCAUCGAAAUUUCCAGUAGCCCUGACAAGACCAUAGCGAGCACGAAGGGGGGCUCUUUCGUGCUGUAUAAUGUGGCUAGGAUUGAAGCCAUUCUUCGGAAAUUUGGGGAAGAGUACGGGAGUGAGACGUGGGCAGGGGUGGAGGAUGUUGAGCGAGUUGACUUCAGUAGGCUUUCGUCACAGGAAGAGUGGACUCUCGUCUACAAUUUUAUCCUGGCCUACCCCCAUGUAUUAAAGAACUCCGUGCAACAUGGGGAGUCCCUGGAGCUAUGCCCCCAGCUCCUCUGCACGUUCCUGUCUCACUUGAGCCAGAAAUUCAGUGUUUAUUAUCGUCGCACACGAAUAUUGACGGAAGAACGCGAGCACAUGAUUCCAACCAUGACAGCCAGACUGUGUCUUCUAAAAGCCCUUCUGAUCGUCCUCCAUCACGCUCUGGAGGUACUAGAUAUCACGCCAAUACUCCAAAUGUAAAUAAUCAAAAGGAAUAAAGAAACAAAAAGGAAAAACUCACCAAGUGCUCUCCAUUGCUGAUUCGGAAUUCAUAUCUCUUUAUUUCAUAUUUCUCGGUGGUGCCUAUACCUACGUCCACGUUUCAUUCAUGAUGCAUUCAUUAUUAUAGUAAUUGUAUAUUUAAAAAAUAGCUCUACGUUAUUGAAUUAUUAAUUGAUUUGUCAUCGGAUACUUCAGAAGAAGUGGCUUCCGAAUUUUCAGACGUUGAAUUUAUCGAUUCAUUUUUUUUAUUAUCCGCAGAGGCUUUAGGUUUCUCUGGAAGUAUGAGCUUGUGAUAAUGACUUUGGGUCAGGGGUAAGUGAGGGGCGAUGUGACUAGGCUCGAUGAAAAGCGUUGGUGAUACCUGAAAAUCAAAUCAAUUAAUUUGAUUUAUUGAAUUCUGAAGAAAUUGUUUUGAGAAUUAGUCAGUGAAAUUCAGGAGAUUUUAUUCCUUCGUUCAAACGUUUUUUGAAUUCAUAAAAAGCUUGUA